AUGGCCGAUAACCAAGACAAUGCCGCGUUCCUCAAUGGAAGCGCGAUGAAACCAGACGCCUUCGACGGCACGAAAUCCAAGUACAUCGCUUGGAAAAUGCAGAUGAAGCUAUACGUAGUCACGCAGAGGAAGCAGCUACCGGAACAAUUUGACAGAGUUCUUAUGAUUCUGUCCUACAUGAAAGGAGGACAUGCUGGCGAAUACGUAGCCACGUUCAUGAAGAAGUACGACACGGAUGAGAAUGCCGUGAUACAGACCACAAAAGCACUGUGGGAAGAUCUAGACAAGCAUUUCCUAAUCAAUGAACAAGCUGAAGCAUACAAUCGGCUUCAGGCAAUGCAAAUGGGAAUGCUAUCCGCACAGGAGUAUUUCUCAAAAUUCAAGUUGUGUGCCUUCCAGGCGAAUAUUCACGAUUUCGAAGCGCAUUUCCAGGAACUCAAAUUGCUACUGGAAAAGGCACUACGGGCCGACAUCAUUCAGCUCCUAUACAACUCCUUAGAAGAACUCCCCACCACAUACGUGCUCUAUAAGCUACGGGUCGCGCGCAUCGACCUGAACCAGCAGCAAUACCCCGCGCCGGCUGCAAACGCCCCGGUUCAAACACGCCGCGAUGGGACAGGUGUCACGUUCGGCGGCAGGGGCCAGCCAAUGGAGCUAGACCAGGCACGACGCUUGGGUCUUUGCUUCCGAUGUGGAGAAAAGGGACAUCUUUCGCGCAAUUGCCCCAAUCGGCAACAAGCUCAACAAGUACGAGCCGCAGAAACCCCAGUGGUUCCCACUACCAAUACAUUCACACCACUCGCAUCGCUCACCGAAGCCCCUGCUGCGAUGGCAGAACCAUUUGAUUGGAAGGCGGCAAUUCGCGAAGAAAUUUGCGCGGCCAUGAAGGGUUUUGCAAGCGGUCAGCCAGGCGCGUAG